CCCCCCCCCCCCCCCCAAAAAAAAAAAAACCAACAAAUAACAUCUCUUCCAAGAAUUACACUCCAUCAUAACCCUCUCCAUUAAACCUUUAACGUAUCAUAAGGUCGAGACGACACGUUAAAAAAAUGGGGUGCCGUCUCUUCACAUGUUUCAGUAAAGGCUCUUCUUCGAAAAAUAACAGCUCUAAAAAUAACGACAGUGCAACGUCAGACUUAACGUUAGAGGAACAAAAACGCUGUGGGCCAGUAGUUGUAGAGUUAUUCUCAUCACAGGGUUGCGCCACGUCACCUGAAGCUGAGCUAUUGUUUUCAAGAAUUGGGAGAGGUGAUUUUAAUCUUGAAAUGCCUGUGAUAUUGUUGGCGUAUCAUGUGGAUUAUUGGGAUUAUAUGGGAUGGAAAGAUCCUUUUGGGUCGAGUUUAUGGACUGUUAAACAAAAGGCUUAUGUUGAAGCUUUAAAUCUUGAUACUAUGUUUACACCUCAAGUUGUUGUUCAAGGACGUGCCCAAUGUGUUGCCAAUGAAAAAGACACUUUGUUCUCUUGUAUUAAUUCAGCUCCCAGAUUUGCUGCUCCAUCCUUCCAGGCGACAUUCGAGAGGCCAACAGCAGAGUCCUUGCAAGUAUCUCUAGUAGGAUCUCUGAGGAGUAAGGUGGAAAACAAUGGCGCGAACAUCAUGAUAGCUCUGUACGAAUGUGGUUUGGUGACUGAUAUAACUACUGGAGAGAACAAAGGAAAAAUGCUUGCAAAUGACUAUGUUGUUAGGAAACUAGAGAAGCUCUGUUCUGUAAAGGAUGUUACUGCAAAGAAGACAAUAUCUGGAACUGUCAACUUCUCUCUUUGGGAUGGCUUCAAUAGCAGCAAAUGUGGCGUAGCGCUCUUUGUGGAAACUGGCUCUCAUCAAAUUUGUGGAUCACAGAACUUUAAGUUGCCGGAAAAUCUCUGAAUUCUUUGAUGAUAUCACGGAUUGAAAAUUCUUGAUGAUUAUAUGGCUGGUUGUAGCUUGGAUUGCCUGUAGUGUACGUGCGUUUCGGAUAAAAAUUCUGCGACAACAUUUCAAAUACCAAUUUGUUCCUGGUUGUGUGAGACUGUCGAUAUUAGCUUCUUCAUCCUUUUUUUUUUUUUUUGAAAAAAAAAGAAUCCCUUUUUUUUUUUUCGAUUUGACGUAGUUAUUAUUUCCUUGUACUACUAUGUACUAAUUGGAUUAUUAGAAAAUGCGGCUAGAGAUAUUUUAGUGCAAUUGGUUUUCUUAGCUUCUUUUUUCUCUUUGAGGUGCUUGUAAACGCUAAUGAGAUAAAGCUAAUCUGAUAUACACUUAUCCUUA